AUGACGAAUAAUGCUGACACAUCGUUGCAAGUCGGCGACGGUCAUAAGACAGUGGUUGCAAAGGCAGCUCUUCUGGAAAGGCAAAGCUUUGCUAUUGAGCUUCGACGACUCGGAAAUGUCGCAAUCAAGACGUGGGAUGCCAAAAUUGCUGCAGAGCCGCCUGCGGUUCAGUAUGGCGAUGUAACCUCCGCAGGCGUGGGCGAAUUGCUCCACAAAAUCAGGACGUUCGGCUUCUGCUUUAUUGACGACAUUGAGCCCACGCCGGAAGCCACCCAAGGUCUGCUGGAAAGCAUUGGGCCGAUCAGAAACACCCACUAUGGCGGCUUCUACGACUUCACCUCUGACCUGUCUUCGAAAGACACUGCGUAUACAAGCGAAAGCUUAGAGCCUCAUACUGACAAUACAUACUUCACUGAACCGGCAGGCCUACAGGCAUUGCACCUCCUCUCGCACACCGACGGAGGUGGCGGGGAGAGCUCUCUUGUCGACGGCUUCCAAGUCGCGGCGAAACUUCACGAGCAAGAUGUGCGAGCUUACUCCAGACUGAGUUCCAUCCCAGUCUACGCGCAUGCAAGCGGCAACGACGGGAUCAGCAUACAGCCCGCCGAGCCGCAACCGGUGCUUUCUCACUCUCGUCACGUUCGGCAUCUGACUCAGGUUCGGUGGAACAAUGCUGAUCGGGCGGGUAUCUCCGCCCAAUACGGCAAUGUGGAGGGCUGGUAUGAUGCAGCAGCCAAAUUCGAUGCUCUGAUCAGCGAGCCGAAGAACCAAUACUGGUUUCAGUUGAAGCCGGGCAGGCUUCUCAUCCUCGACAACUGGCGGGUGCUUCACGGACGAGCAGCUUUCACUGGCAAGCGGAGGAUGGCAGGAGGCUACAUCCCACGCGACGACUUCAUCUCCAAAUUCAAGGCCACCAACAUGACUGCCGAAGAGAUCAAGUCGUCCACGGUGACGGGCUGA